AUGGAGAAUUUAGAGGAUUUAUUUGCCGAUUCCUGUCACUUUGAUGCGGAAAGGCUUUCUUCUUCACAUUCACAAAAUAAACAAACAGUUUCAUCGCCGACGAUGACAGCUUCUUUGCCUCCCGAGAUUGAAGAAGGAAACAUUGAAUACAAAUUUUUAGAAACAAUAGCUUUAACCCUUCUUUUUUCUUUCUUCAUUUCUUUUCUUUCCUUCUUUUCUUUUCUCUAUGCUUCAGUUUUCUCCAAUCACGCUCCUCUCCGCUUUUCUCCACCACCCACUUCUUUCCCCACCCAAUCCACUUCUUUAACCACCUCUCACCCUUUUUUGAACUCCUGCCCACACUACUUUUUUCUUUCUAUCUUUCUUCUCUUUUCUUGUCAUCUCUUUUCUUUUCAACUUUCUUCUUCUUCUCUUUUCUGUCCAUCUUUUUCUCCUCUUUUCAUUCCAUCUUUCUCCUUUUUUCUUUCCAUCUUUCUUCUUCUCUUUUCAUCUUUCUUCUUUUCUUUCCAUCUUUCUUCUUCUCUUUCCAUCUUUCUUUUUUCUUUCCAUCUUUCUUCUUCUCUUUCCAUCUUUCUUUUUCUCUUUCCAUCUUUCUUUUUUCUUUCCAUCUUUCUUUUUUCUUUCCAUUUUUCUCCUUUUUUCUUUCCAUCUUUCUUCUUCUCUUUCCAUCUUCUCUUUCCAUCUUUCUUCUUUUCUUUCCAUCUUUCUUCUCUUUCCAUCUUUCUUCUCUUUCCAUCUUUCUUCUUCUCUUUUUUUCCAUCUUUCUCCUUCUUCUCUUUUUUUUUCCAUCUUUCUCCUUCUUCUCUAUUCUUUCCAUCUUUCUCCUUCUUCUCUAUUCUUUCCAUCUUUCUCCUUCUUCUCUAUUCUUUCCAUCUUUCUCCUUCUUCUCUAUUCUUUCAGUAG